AUGAUGAAAUCCAUCUCUAAAACCUUGCUUUUCGCUCUUUGUUAUUGUUUUUUUACUCAUUUUCUUGCAAAAAGUAAUCCAGAUUCAACACACAAGGGCUAUAUCCUUUCUUGUGGAGCAUCAGAAGACGCCGCCACCGAUGCCGAUGGUCGGAAAUGGGGUCCCGACGCCAAGUUUUUAACCUCUUCCCGUGAUACAGAGGCCGCCACGGCUCAAUAUCAGGACCCUUCGUUGCCAACAGCGGUUCCAUACAUGACGGCGAGGAUUUUCAAAUCAUCAUCAACAUCGUACAAGUUUCCCGUUACACCCAAUACCCGCCAUUGGCUCAGGCUCUAUUUUUACCCCUCCACUUACAACGGUCUCGACCCUUUCACCUCCUAUUUCUCCGUCGUGGCCAACGGCGUCACUCUUCUCCACAACUUCAGCGGCGCCAUCACCGCAAAAGCUUUCACGCAGGGUUACAUUAUAAGAGAAUUCUGUUUAACACCCGUUGGAUCGGGUGAUCUCAAUGUUACCAUCACUCCCGCUAAGGGAUCAUAUGCUUACGUUAAUGGCAUUGAACUGGUCCCUAUGCCUGAUAUAUUCCAAAAGCCUGCAAUUUUCCUUGGAUUUAGUGAUCAAUACUUGGAACUCACUAGCUGUACGUUGCAAACAAUGUUUAGGUUAAACGUAGGUGGACAGUUCAUUCCUCCCAACAAAGAUUCCGGGCUUACUCGAACGUGGUACGACGAUUUCCCGUAUUUGUUUGGCAGCGGGAUCGGUGUGACGUCCAGGGCCGAUAAAAACUUAAGCAUCCAAUACUCGAAAAGCGUACCGGAAGUGAUUGCGCCGGUGGAUGUGUACUCUACGGGGAGAACGAUGGGGCCGAGUGCGCGCGUUAAUGCAAAUUAUAAUCUCACUUGGAUUUUUCAAGUUGAUGCAAAUUUCACAUAUGUUGUUAGGCUCCAUUUUUGUGAGUAUGAGGUUAAUAAAAUCAAUGAAAGAGUGUUUGAUAUUUAUAUUAACAAUCAAACAGCACAAAGUCCGAGUGAUAUAAUUGCAUGGGUUGGAGGUCAGGGGAGACCUAUUUAUAAAGAUUUUGCGGCCUAUGUUUCGGAUCGUCCCGGAGACGAGGAGAUGUGGGUGCAAUUGCAUCCCACCGUAUCAAUGAAACCCAAGCAUCUUAAUGCACUUCUUAACGGAUUGGAGAUUUUCAAAAUGAACGACUCCAAUAUGAAUUUGGCUGGUCCGAAUCCGGUGCCGUCCCAAAUGCUUACUGAUGCAGAAGCAGAAGCAGAAAGUAAACGAUUCUCAGAGUCAGAGGCUAGAAAUGGGCCAUUAAUUGCUGGUGGGGUUGCUGGAGGGGUUGCUAGUUGUGCUUUAGUGGUUGCCAUUGUUGUUGUUGUUGUUGUAAAGAAAAAGAAGAAAACCGGAAAAACUCUCAGUUCGGUGAUAACGUAUGGCAGUUCACAUUCAUCGUCAACCGGAAAAACCUUUCCCGGUAGCCAGAUUUCGAACCUUGCUGCCGGUCUCUGCAGGCAUUUCUCUUUGUCGGAGAUAAAACAUGGCACCAAGAACUUCGACGAAUCACGCGUUAUUGGUGUUGGAGGAUUUGGCAAUGUUUACAGGGGUACUAUAGAUGGAGGAACUAAAGUUGCCAUCAAAAGAUCAAACCCUUCUUCGGAACAAGGAGUACACGAAUUCCAGACCGAAAUCGAGAUGCUGUCGAAGCUUAGACACCGGCAUUUAGUGUCAUUAAUCGGAUUUUGCGAAGAAGGCGGAGAGAUGAUUUUGGUCUAUGAUUAUAUGGCUAAUGGGACCUUAAGGGAACAUUUGUAUAAGACGAAUAAACCUCCCUUGCCUUGGAAGCAAAGAUUGGAAAUAUGCAUUGGAGCUGCAAGAGGACUUCACUAUCUUCACACUGGCGCAAGGCACACAAUCAUACACAGAGAUGUUAAGACUACAAACAUUUUAUUGGAUGAGAAAUGGGUUGCCAAAGUUUCUGAUUUUGGACUAUCGAAAACUGGUCCAAAUCUAGAACAAGAUCAUGUUAGUACAAUGGUGAAAGGUAGUUUUGGUUACUUGGACCCCGAAUAUUUCCGUAGGCAACAAUUAACCGAAAAAUCCGAUGUUUACUCCUUUGGAGUAGUCCUUUUCGAAGUGUUGUGUGCUAGACCAGUACUAGACGCGAGCUUGCCUAAGGAACAAGUUAGUCUUGGCGAUUAUGCUCGGAUUUGCGAAAGGAAAGGAACACUCCAUGAAAUCAUUGAUCCCCAUCUUAAGGGAAGGAUUAAUCCAGAGUGCCUUAGGAAAUUCACUGAGAUUGCAGGAAAGUGUUUAUUGGAUCAUGGGACUGAUCGACCUUCGAUGGGUGAUGUGCUGUGGAAUCUCGAGUUUUCCCUUCAAUUGGAGGAACAUCCAGGAGGGAUGCUAGUGGCUGAAAACAAGGCCAAUAAUGCUUAUGCUACACAUACAGCAACCAUCGCUGCUGAUGAAGCGAUAGUUAACGAUGACGUUGAUUCAAACCGAAGUGCCGUUUUCUCACAGCUUGUGGAUCUCAAAGGAAGAUAG